AUGGAACACCCAAGUCCUACUUAUGAGCUCUCUGAAGCUCAGAAGUAUUUCGAAAGACUCCUCCUCAGCGGUGAAUAUUCGGACCUAAAGAUCUUCUGCCAAGACAUCACAUUCAAUGUUCACCAAUGCAUUAUAUGCCCCCAGUCCUCGUUCUUUAGGGCUGCCAUCGAGCAUCCGUUCAAGGAGUCUUCUACACGGGUGAUCGAGCUCCCCGCAGAUCACCCCGGAACGGUCGAGCGGAUGAUCUCUUACCUCUACCUUAAAGACUACCGACAAACCGGCCAUAUUAUCCCAAUGGCCGCUGCCGAGGAUGAGGAUCUAGCUCAAGUGGGCCUUAAUCAUGCCGAUGUCUAUAUCACCGCAGAUAAAUACGACAUCCAACUCUUGAAGUCUCUCGCUGCGACUAAAAUGACUAGUUGGGCCAAGAGCAACUUCAAGAGCCCGGGGUUCGUGGACAUGGCACGCCACAUCCUUCAGAUGAAGCAUGACGCCUGGCCCUGUGAGUUCAUCGGUAAAUGCAUCAAGGACAAUUUGCGGAACUUGACCCGUGACGAUGCCGAAAUCCUCAAGUUGAUCGGCGAUUUCGGUCUUCUCGGAGGAGCUAUUCUGAUGGGUCUUCUUGAGUCCGAUAUGCUCCGUGACACUAGGCUAGAGGCCGAGAAUGCUCGAGAGAAACGCCGCCUCCAGGAUGAGGUUGCCACCCUCAAGCGGGAUAAUGCCGCCUUGAAGAAUGAGAAUUCCGCUCUGAAGAGGAACAUUACAACGCUGCAACGCUGGCAAGGGGGCCUCCAUUACCGGGAAGGAGACCCUCUCGCUAGUGAAGGCAGUUUUGCUAAGAGGGCUUCAAAUUAUCUAGAGAUUGGAGAUAUACGGAACACAUACGACGACGGCGAUGCUGGAUCUUUUUGGAGAGCGUUCGAUAAGUGA